AGUGGUUAUGAUCUGUGACAAAUUGGUUAUGUUAUAAAAGUCAAAAUAUUUUUUUAAAUAAUUUGUCACACAUUUUUUUCUAAAAGAAUUUGAAAUGUGUAUCUUACAAAAUAUCUUACUGUAAUUUAAUAUUGUUUAUAAUGAACAUUUUAUUAACAAAUUGUUUAUUUUUCACUAGUGCUUAAUUUUUAAUUGUGAAUUUGAUAGUUAUUGUAGAGAAGCAAGUUAAUAAAAAUAUAACAUGGACACGGCAUAUUUUAGAGAAUUCAAUCAUUCGGACCAGUGCGAAAUGCACUUUUUCCUUGAUACAGAAGUAGCAGAUAUUGGAAGGGUUAAGGAAGAAAUUAAAGCAGUUAGACAGAAAUCAGACACUGUUGCUUCCCUGUUGCAACAUAUAAAAAACAAACUCCAAAAAAUACUUUUAGACAAAGAAAUGGUAAAUUUGGAGUUAAAAGAAAAUGAAAAUAAUGUAGAGAAUAAUGUAUCUACUGAUAUACCUGUUGUAUUAAGAAGAGAAAAUAAACAUGUUAAAGGUACAAUGGUUUUAAAAAAUUUUCCAGCAUCGCUAAAGCAAGGAAAUGUUUUUCUGGAGGUAUUUGAACAAAAGUUUCCUGUUGUUGUAAACGCUCCUUUUAUUAAGCAAAUUAAAUUACCAUCAGUUUUAUAUGCCAACUUCACCAUUCAACCAACAAAAUUCCAUGCAAUAUAUGCAGAUAACACGAAAUCGCUGUAUUACUGGUACAAGUCUAUUGACAAACUACAUUGGGAGGAAAUUGGAAAAGGUUUCAUAUAUCUGUUGAAAGAGGAAGAUGUAGGACAUUACAUAAAGAUAGUCUGUAUUCCUUUUAGUGAGUGUAAAGUUCGAGGGCCCAGUGCCCAAACUAUAUCGGAAAAUGUAGUGGAACUAAUGGGAGAACUGCCAACCUGUCCAUUUGAGAAAAGGCAUGAAUUUACUCGUACAAAAUUAAAGGGUUUGGAGUUUAGAAUAGUAUCAUAUAACAUACUUGCAGAUCGAUAUACUGCGGAUAGUGAAAGCUAUGCUUACUGUUCUCCCAAGGCAUUAGCCAUAGAUUACCGUAAACAACUUAUUCUAAGAGAAUUGUUAGGUUACAACGCUGACAUUAUUUGCUUACAAGAGGUUGAUAAUAAACAUUACACAGGAUACUUCAAAAAGAAGUUUAAUGAAAUUAAUUUUGGAAGUGUCUAUCACAGAAAAGGAAAUCGGAUUCCAGAGGGUUUGGCUUGUAUUUUUAAUAAGACGCGUUAUAAUAUUAAGGAAUCGAAACAUAUCGUCAUGAGCAUUGAAGUUCAAAGGCAUAAAGUGUUCUCCUAUAUUUGGAAUAUAAUUAAGAAAAAUGAAGAACUAAAAGCACUGUUUCUUAGGCAAUCAACAUCUCUUCAAGUUUCAGUGUUACAGGAUAAACAAACCAAGAGGUGUAUAAUUGUCGGCAACACACACCUAUUCUACCAUCCGGAUGCAGACCACAUAAGACUUCUACAAGUAAAUAUGGCAGCCGCAUAUUUGAACAUGAUAAAACGAAGAUAUCUAAGGGAUGGCGUUGAUGUCUCUGUAGUAUUUUGUGGCGACUUUAACAGUAACCCAGAAAAAUCCCUUCUUGACUACAUGCUUCAAGGCCGAAUUAGUCCAGAACAUGAAGACUGUAUAAAAAUUCAUGAAAAUGGCAAAGCGCUCUUGUACCACGAAUUCAUAUUUGAAAGUGCAUGUGGGACACCUAAGUAUACAAAUUACACACCAGAUUUUAAAGGUUGUUUGGAUUACAUUUUUAUCGAAAGCAACAGAUUGAACGUUGAACGGACGGUACCGUUAAUGGAUGAAGAAGAAUUGGGUAAAUACGAGGGGUUGCCUAAUGAGUUCUAUCCUUCCGAUCAUUUAGCACUUGUAGCUGAUUUAAGAUUUAAAUCAAGAGGAAUGACACUGUGAUUUAUGUAUUGACAAUUGAACUGAUAUAUUAAUUGGAAAUGUUUAUAUUGAAUAAAGAUUUAAAAAUU